GGUACGUUUUGCACAAACAAAAAAGGCGCUCAUGUGUUCGUGACAGCGCUCGUUGUCCGCGCGGCUUUGAUAGAUGGAACAAUCCCAUUCAGAGCCACCGUGUUUGCGCAGCCUGCUGCGCCAUAGACGCGCCCUCCGGCGACCGCUAAACGCUGAGUGUCCUCGUUAAUACUACGCACGUGGGGGGGAAAUGUAUAAUUGAACACGUGUUCUGGCCGCCGUUUGUCGUCUGGAGAUCAACUGAUCCCUUUUGUGGAUCAGCGAACUGAAGUGUCCUGAAGAGUCUCCUUUCAGCCUUUAGAAUUGGAGCGACCCGUCGGAAAGAUGAAGCCUCUGAAAGUAUUUAACCCAGGAGACGCGAAGCUGUCACGCAGAGGACCGCGUAAUACCGGAGGUGCUGAGGUCUGGCUCACGUGCGGUUCACAUAUAAAAUAUGGAUGAAAUGCUCUUCGACUGUUUCGAGCAGGAUGCCUUCACGGACUUUGCAUUUUGGGGGCAGAUGGACCCCAACCUUCAGUUCCAGACCCAGCUGGACACCUUCCUGCUGGACUCGGGGCAGCUCUCGCCCUGGUCCCCCUUCGGCUGCCCGUCCGUGUUCCCCGACUCACAGGCGACUCUCACCGACCUCGACGUGCCCUCGCCGGCGGCGAGCGCGUGCGCGGGGGCGGAGGGCUUCUCCGCGGACGAGCCGCUGGAGGCGACCAAGCGCAGGGCGCGGCGGCUGGUCUCCCAUCAGCCCUACAAGGUGCAGCGGCACGCCGCCAACAUCCGGGAGAGGAAGAGGAUGCUGAGCAUCAACUCGGCCUUCGAGGAGCUGCGCUGCCACGUGCCGACGUUCCCCUACGAGAAGCGGCUGUCGAAGAUCGACACCCUGAGGCUGGCGAUCGCCUACAUCGCGCUCCUGAGGGAGAUCCUCGUGUCGGGCUGCGACCCCAAAGCCUACGUGGACGAGUGCAUGAAGAGCGGCUACAAGAACCACACGGAGGCUGUGUGGAACACAAGUGAUCUCACGGCCCGCCUGUCGUGGAUAAAGUGGGAUUAACGGGUCCACAGCGAGGUGCACGUCAAAGACAGCAUCUGCAGACUUCCCACUGGGUUCCACUGGGUCUCAGUCUUUCUCAACCCAGCCCACUCCUCCAGCCUGCGUCGUGGCUUUUAAUAUUCUAAUUUGUUGUUGACAGGUAAUAGAGCGUUAUUGUUUCUGGGGCUGUGGAGGGAAGGGGAGCUGGCAUUGUUGGCCCAACUAGAUGGCACUUGUCCCAUAGGGAGCGGGAGCACGCCGGCACGGGCCUGAAUGGCUGCAACGAGGGCUCACACUUCUGCGGGGAGCACUGAAGGGUUCCGUGGAGUCUCGCUCAUUAGGCCGCGAGUCGAUGUGUUAAAAAGGACCUUGAUCAUGUAAAUGAGACGCGUGAGCCACACGGGCGCGGUGGGAUUUAGCACGUCAGGUGCUGUUCCCAGACAAACCGAGGCCUGUUUGUGUCGCGUGCAACCUGUUUCGUCAUUUAUUUAUUUACUUAUUUAUUCAUUCAUUCAUUCAUUCAUUCAUUCAUUCAUUCAUUCAUUCAUUCAUUCAUUGUUAUGUAUAUUUGUACUAUUUCUUUGGAAUUGUUCUGUAACUCAAAAAUGCCUGUUGCGGUGUGUUUUAUAUUUAAAAUGUACUAAUGCUACUUUACACUAACGCUGUUACUGUUUUUUUAAAAGAUCACGUGGGCAUUGCUCUCCACAAGAAAAAGUCACAAGUAAAUGCUUUGCUUUAAUUGACCCUGCAUUAAAUGAAUGUUAGGAUUCAGUCUGACACCAUAUAAGAUAUCACUUAAAGCUUUAGUUCUAUAGUUGUCUGGA